CCUAAAAGCAAUCCUAUAACCUUAUUGUUAACAAGGUGCUGUGCUCAUAUACGCGUGAAAGGAAGAGAUCUUGCCAAGAAUGCCGUCACAAAGCCAAUCUAGCACUCUCGUCGCGCGCGGAGGACGCAGUGGUGUUGGGGCGCCAUCUGGAGCUACUGGGAACGUGCUUCGGCGGCGACCAGGCCGCGUGGGCGGCAGCGGUGGUAGCAGCAAGGCGCAGCAGAAUACAAUGAACUUCUACACGGAUGACUCGCCGGGCUGGAAGAUGUCGCCGGUCGUUGUCAUUACUAUGAGCCUUGGCUUCAUUGCCUUCGUGACGAUUCUUCACGUGGCUGGGAAGUUCCAGCGGGCGUAAUCACGAGAGCAGCUGGAUGACAACGUACGAGGCUGACUUUAACUGACCGAUAGGGGACUGUUGAUGCUGCAUCGGGGCUUAAUCCAGGAUACUGGUGACUAUUACUUGACAUAGCUAGGUAGCAUAGGGAGUGCACUCCGCGCUUCUGUUGCACAAUACGUUACAUAGAGCGAAGGCGUUGGCAAAGUGGGUAUGCACCGAGCGACUUUUGGAGCAGUGUCUGCCUGGGAAUAACCCGAGUCGUAUCGGAUAAUUACUGCUGCAGGAGCAGGAGGAAAGAUGCUGUCAUUGCAAACCGUCAUUGCAAGCCGUACAAGGUAGUUUGACCGAAUGAUGAUGUAAUAUUGCAUGUUAUGAAGUCGUGUGCGAUAACACCACUUCAUGUGAUUAUGACUUGCGACUGUUACACG